AUAACUAUUUCAGUUAAAUUACACCACGAAAAACGACACGAAAGUGUUUGAAGCAGUAUUACAUUAAUAAAAACUUUUUUUUGUUUCUUAUAAGUGUUGUUCAAAAGUUUGUUUGAAAUUUAAAAUGGAAGAAAGUCAUGUAAACUCAUUCGCAGUGUCUUUUGAAAACAAUCGGUUGACCUAUUGUGGGCAGGACUGUCAACGAAUACCACCAGCUUUAUGGAAAAUGUAUGGUGACAAAGUCAGAUAUUUAGACCUUAGUUACAACAGCAUCGAAACCCUGAAGGGCUUGGAGCAAUUUCCUCGACUGGACGAGCUCAUACUGGACAACAAUGAGAUAGGGGACGCAGUCGGCUUCCCCCCGCUGCCUCAUUUGCAGACGCUCUCCCUCAAUAACAACCGGAUUACGGAUCUGGAGGGAUUCGUGAAUAAAAUCAGUGAAGGCUUCCCUUCCUUAUCGUAUCUCAGCCUCCUUAGCAACAAGGCUUGCCCCAACCAACUGUCCGACCUCGACAAAGAUGAAUCCGAUUAUCAAAGAUACAGAUACUUCGUAAUACACAAGCUGAGCAACCUGCGCUUCCUGGAUUCCCGGCGCGUGAGCACAGGCGAGCGCGAGCAGGCGGAGAAGCGCGGCGCGUUCAUGCGCGUGCGCCGCCCGCUGCCCGAGACAGUGGAGGCUCGGCCAGAGCGGACCCCGAGGGUGCGGCCGCUGCCAGUGGACUUUGGCGCGUUGGGCAAACACAGAGGAGCCUACGGCAAAUGCAACUACAAGUACACCGGCAAGCACUCAGAAGGCAACAGGUUUAUCAUGAACAGCGACCUGUGACAUCGACGAACUUGAGAGCUGUGAUGUGAAAUUUUAUUUUGGAAUUUGGGGCCUUACAUUUUAUACUUCUUAAUAGAUAAAGAUAGUUUUGUGUAUAAUAUUUAUACAAAUUUGAUAACCGGUGAACCUUAUCUUAGGCCCUAUCCUUACAUUCCGUCAAGUAUGACUAGGAUAGCUAGACUCCUUAAAAUAAAUUCGAAGGGGUAGUUUAGUUUGGUUGCUACGACAGAGAGGUAUACUAACAUGAAAUUGCAUUAUGUUUUACUAGCUUUUGCCCGCGACUUCGCUUGCGUUAGAAAGAGACACAAUGUAGCCUAUGUCACUUUCCAUCCCUUCAACUAUCUCCACUUAAAAAAUCACGUCAAUUCAUCGCUCUGUUUUGCCGUGAAAGACGGACAAACAAACAGACGCACACACUUUCCCAUGUAUAAUAUUAAGGCAAAAAAAAAGAUUAUUAUUGGCAAAAAAAAGAAUGCUCACCUAUCUAAUAAAUGUUGAAACAAAAAAAUAAUAAUAAUAAUAACUUAACCCUAGCUUGGGCCCUGCCCCGCUGCUGGCGGCACCCUAGGUUAGGUUUUUUAUAAUAUGUUU